UGCUUUUUGGAGUGUUCUGGCGGAUCUGGAUAUACAGAUCCGCCAACCCUAACUCCGCUUCCGAACUUUCGGCUCUACAUACUAGGCAUUUUAUUUAAUGCUACUAGGCGUUUAAUGCUACUUUUCAGAUCAGAGUUAAGAACUGCCUUUCAAAAAAUGGGGCAUGAUUUAGAUGAUAAAGAGAUAAAAGCAAUUUAUUUACAAGUUGAUACUAAUAAAGAUGGAAAAAUUAAUUUUAUUGAAUUUACUGAAAUGAUGACAAGAAGGAAAUAA